UCAAACUUGUGGUCUCAGGUUGAGUUCAGCUGUCCAGUGUGCCUGGAGAUAUUGAAGGACCCAGUCACUACAGCAUGUGGACACAGUUACUGUAUGGGGUGUAUUAAGAACUGCUGGGAUCAGACUGAUCAUACAGGUGUCUACAGCUGCCCCCAGUGCAGAUAGACCUUUACCCCAAGGCCUGAUCUACGCAGAAACACCAUGCUGGCUGAAGUUGUGGAGAAAUUAAAGAAGACAGGACUCAAUCCUCCUCCUGCUCAAAGUUAUGCUGGACCUGGAGAUGUGCCGUGUGAUUUCUGCACUGGGAGAAAGUUCAAAGCUGUGAAAUCCUGUUUGACGUGCCUGGCCUCUUACUGUGAAACACACGUCAAGCCACACUAUGAAGGAGCUGCUUUCAAGAGGCACAAGCUGAUCAAUGCAAUUGGAAAUCUGGAGCAGAAGCUUUGUGCUGAACACCAAAAGGUUUUGGAGGUCUUCUGUAGAACGGAUCAGAUGUGUAUUUGUGCAUUAUGUAUUCUCAAGGAACACAAGAGCCAUGAUACAGUCUCAGCUGAGAAAGAAAGGACUGGGAUACAGAAGCAGCUGGGAGAGACACAGACAGAAAUACAACAGAGAAUCCAGGAGAGACUGAAAGAAAUUGAGGAGCUGAAACAGGCUGUGGAGUCACUGAAAAGAUCUGCAUGCAUAGAAAUAAAGGAAAGUGAGAAGAUCUUUACUGAGCUGAUCCGAUCCAUUGAGAAGAUCCACACUGAAGUUAUUGAGCUGAUUGGAGCUAAUGAGAAGGCUGCAGUGAAUCAGGCUGAAGGACUCAUGAAGAAACUGGAGCAGGAGAUUGCUGAGCUAAGGAGGAGAAACGCUGAGCUGAAACAGCUUUCAGAGACAGAGGAUCACAUCCAUUUUCUACAGAAUUUCCAGUCUCUCUGUGCCCCUCCUGAAGCUGGAGACUUACCCAGCGUCACUGUGAAUACAGACAUCUCUUUUGGGGCUGUGAGGAAAGCUGUAUCUGAACUUAAAGACCAUAUUGAGGACUUCUGCAAGGGGGAAUUAGUCCAAAUAACCGCAUCAGUAAAUGAAGUUGCAGUUUACAGUCUGCAGGCUCCAGACAGGAACAGAGCUGAGUUUUUGAAAUAUUCCUGUCAGCUCACACUGGACCCCAACACAGUGCAUAGAAACCUCUGUCUGUCUGAAGGGAAUAGUAAGGUGACAUGGAGGGGAGAGACCCAGCAAUAUACUUGUCACCCAGAGAGAUUUGAGAGCUGGGAACAAGUGCUUUGUAGAGAGGGUUUGUCUGGGCCUUGCUGUUACUGGGAGAUUGAGUGCAGUGGGGGGUGGUCUUCUAUAGGAGUCACAUAUAAAGGAAUCAGCAGGAAAGGAGGGGAUCAUUCCUGUCUCCUUGGAUGCAAUGACAAGUCCUGGAUACUGGACUGUUCUGGUUCCAGUUACUCUGCCUGGCACAAUAACAAUCAAACUGCAAUAACUGCCCCCCGCUCCCCCAGAAUAGGAGUGUAUCUUGACUUUAAUGAUGGCACUCUGUCAUUUUAUGGCGUCUCUGACACAAUGACCCUCCUGCACAGAUUCCAAACCACAUUCACUGAGCCGCUCUAUCCUGGGUUUUAUAUUUUUUAUGCUUCCCCUGUAACAAUCUGCCAGCUGAACUAGACUGUUUUGUGCUGCAAGAAAACCUUUGUAUUGAACUCCCUGUCUGCCCUCUCCACUCCUCGGGUGACGGGAAUGUUCAAUCUGACACAACUUUGGAUGAAAGUUAGGGGGUAAAACGGCGCCACCUGCAGAGUGAAAUUAGGUGAAUUAUUUGUUUUUACACUUGGGGCCGAGACAGCCUCAUUUUUACUGUUUAAUCUGUCAGGUGAGUGUUUCUGUAAUUGUAAACACUCACAACUGGACAGCUGUUUCAGCAUAAAAUGUUCAAUAUGUCCAGAGUAUAUGUCUCAAAUGUGCAGGUUUGAAAAACAUGACAGGCAAGAUUCUCAGAAAACCAUAUUCUUGUUUUAAAUUGGAUUGUGUCUAUCACAUGUAUAUUUAUAAAUAUUUAUAGUAUGUAGCUGAACUCGGAGGUGAAAGUAAGCCGGUAUGAUGCAGUACAGAGUACCGGCAAAACAUUUUGUCAAGGUCAACUUCUCAAAACGAUUGUUUAGGCUACAUAAUUGUUUCUUUGUAUUUAAGCAAAAGAACUCGCAGUUCCUCAGGUACUGUUCGCGAGACUUAGGAUGAAAGAGCGUGUGAUCGCCAUGGUAACCAUCACAGGGUAGAUCGGUGCAGGAAGAAGCAUGCCUGAUAAACUAAAAAAAAAGAAACCUAUUCAUCGCAGUGGAAACUCUUGCAGCUUUUGUAAACUGAAAUCUUAGUGUCCUGAAUUGAAGUGGAUACCAAAGACAGACAUACAACUAGAAUAGAAUUCUAGGUAGAAUGAUAGACAGUGAUACUAAUUACUUUUAGAAAGAAAAAAUAGAAACAGAAAAAAACAACCAUGAAAUUGUUCCAUAGCCCAGUUUCUGUGUUCUUGUGCAUAUAUUAGCCUUUUAGUCUUGUUCCCUUUUCUUAACAGAGGUAUUUUUACUGCAACACAUCCUUUGGGUCCUCAUUUCAAGACCUUCGUUCUGUUGAUUUGAAGGACAACGACACCUGAGCCGUCUGCCAGUUCUUUGUCAAGUAAACCAUGAGAUGCUUCACAAUCAAAACCAACUAUAUAAGGCAACCUGACUCGGAAGUAAACUUUUCGCCCGUGGUUUGGUUCAUGAGGAAACAAGUAGAGCAAAAAAAACCUUUAUUUUUAGUCCUGGUCAAAAACAGUAAAAGUGUAAAUCGUCCCUGUUUUGCGAUUGUAUCACAUUUUAAAGUACAAAACUGCAUUGGUGUGCUCAGCAAGACCACAGAAGAGUAAUUGUUUAGGUUAUUAUUAUUUGUUUAUUUAGCAGAUGACUUUAUCCAAGGCGACUUACAGAGACUAGGGUGUGUGAACUAUGCAUCAGCUGCAGAGUCACUUACAAUUACGUCUCACCCGAAAGACGCAGUACAAGGAGGUUAAGUGACUUGCUCAGGGUCACACAGUGAGUCAGUGGCUGAGGUGGGAUUUGAACCGGGGACCUCCAGGUUACAAGACCUUUUCUUUAACCACUGGACCACAGGUUGUGUUAGCGCCACUCAGAAAUAAAAACAAGAUUAUGUAUUAUUUGUUUGAUCAUUCUGAUUAUGUGUUUGUCAAGUUAAAAUGGUAAUACUAAAAGCUGAUCUGUAUUUAAGGGACAGGAGAUGGGAAUGAACAAUAAUACAGUACCGGUAAGAAAUUAAAGUUACUUUCACCUCUGGCUGAACUAUUUGGGAUUUAGGUACAUCUGGCAAAUCUAUAAAACGUGAGGCUUCAUGCAUACCUUUAUAAAGCAAUCAAGAUGUAUUUUCCUCAUGUUAUUAUAAUUUUGUUUAUAAAU